GCGAGGGACGCUCCGGGCGUCCUAACUGAAGCCGCGGAGCGCGGGUCGGCACCGCGGGAACCUACCGGAUAUUUACGUGGUCUACGUCUCGGCGCAGGAGCCAUAUAUUGAAGACAAUGUCUGGAAGCUUCUACUUUGUAAUUGUUGGCCACCAUGAUAAUCCUGUUUUUGAAAUGGAGUUUUUGCCACCUGGAAAAGCAGAGUCGAAGGACGACCAUCGUCAUCUGAACCAGUUCAUCGCUCAUGCCGCCCUCGACCUGGUGGAUGAGAACAUGUGGCUGACGAACAACAUGUACUUGAAAACUGUGGACAAGUUCAACGAGUGGUUUGUGUCAGCGUUUGUUACCGCAGGUCAUAUGAGAUUUAUUAUGCUUCAUGACAUGAGGCAAGAAGAUGGAAUAAAGAACUUCUUUACUGAUGUCUAUGACCUAUACAUAAAGUUUGCAAUGAAUCCAUUUUAUGAACCCAAUUCUCCUAUUCGAUCCAGUGCAUUUGACAGGAAAGUUCAGUUUCUUGGGAAGAAAUACCUUUUAAGCUAAAUGCAGAAAAAUCUGGAAAUAAACAAUGUUGCUACAAUGGGGUAUACUCAGGAAUGUGUACAUUGUAAGUUACUUGAUUAAAUAGCCUGGAAAAGUUUUACUUGUAGUCUCAAUUUAUCUAAACCUAAUGAAAUUCCUUUUAUAGUUAAAAAUAGUACAUUCAGUUUCUUAGAAUUAUCAAUAGAUUAAUAUUUGCUUCUGAACAGUUAUUUAUAAGUUCUUUUUCAACAACCUUGAAAUACCUUUAAAAUUUUGAGAAUAAGCUUUUGACUUUCCUCAUUCAUAUAGCUUAAUCUUGGUGUAACAAUCCACCACCGUACGUCACUGUCAAGAGUUGGUAGCCAGGUUUAAAACUAAAGCGUCCGCAGUGAGGAAUGACGGUAACGCACACAUGGGCUUAUCCAUACACCUGGAGUUGACAUAAAAACGUACAGGCACUGUUCACAGCCCUGCCCCGCAAGCCCAGGCAAACAGCACUUGCAGCGCCUAAUGCCACAUGCCGGCCCCUGUCCGGAUCGGGACAGUGAUCCCGCUGUCAUUCUGGAGUCCAGGAUCCUUUCCCUUAGACAGUAUACUGAGGAUGAAAUGAACCUGUUGAUAUCUGUUAGUGAAAAGUUGCAAGGCAAUUUUAGAGUUGUAAACAAAGCAAAGCUUGAAUUACAUUAACAUUUGCAUUCCCAGCCUUUUAGGCUGUACACCGGAGGCGGCAGGAGUGGUCUCUUGUACUGCAAUGACUGUGGGAUCUUACUGUAAACGAGUAAUUGUCUGUUGAAAAGCAAGUAAUAUAACCACGUAUUUUCUGUGCUAAUUGUAAGCACUUGAAGAAUUUUGUUCCUUUCUGAAUAACUUGAGCAAGUAAUUCUAAGUUUGGUCUUGUAUCUUUGUGUGAAGUUGCUACCAGUUUUUUUUACCCUAUUUAUUUGAUUUCUUAAAUAAAGAUGUUUGUCCAGGA